AUGCAGGGACCUGCAUUGGCGUGGCGCAUCAAGCCCAGCCCAAGCAGAGCAGAGCAGCGGCCCCAGCCCAGCGGAGAAGCGGACCCGGCCCAGCAGAGCAGCGGCCCCAGCCCAAGCAGAGCAGAGCAGCGGCCCCGGCCCAGCGGAGAAGCAGCCCCGGCCGAGCGGAGAAGCAGAACCCCGGCCGAGCGGAGAAGCGGCCCCGGCCCAGCGGAGCAGCAGACCCGACCCAGUGGAGCAGCGAACCCGGCUCAGUGGGGCACUGUGUACAACGCCAGACAAGCUGAGUAUAUACAGGGACGUGAACCAGCAGCCCCAGAUUCUGUUUUUGUGUGCGUGCGUGUGAGACCGGCGCCUGAUUGCCCACUCUCUCAGCAACAACACUGGUGUUGCGCACCAAGCCCAGGCCCAGCCCCAGUAGAGCGGAGCAGCGCGCCAGGCCCAGCCCCAGCAGAGCGCCAGGCCCAGCCCCAGCAGAGCGGAGCAGAGCGCCAGGCCCAGCCCCAGCAGAGCGGAGCAGCACGCCAGGCCCAGCCCCAGCAGAGCGGAGCAGCGCGCCAGCCCCAGCAGAGAGCGGCCCAGCAGAGAGCGGCCCAGCAGAGAGCGGCCCAGCAGAGAGCGGCCCAGCAGAGAGUGGCCCAGCAGAGAGCGGCCUUCCCCUCCCCCUUUUGGCCAGGCCUCCUCAAGACCUUUAGUCUUAUUUAA